UGCAGCGUUCGCGUGCAGAUGACUCAGACAUGUCUAGGUGAGCUGUCUAAUUGUUGUCCUCCGUCGUUGCUGUUGACGCUCGCGAUAUUCUUCGAUAUUGCUCAUCAUGAGUAGAUCGGAAGGACAGUAUACCAGGCCUCCUGGAGAGGAUGAAGCGUUACGAUCAAAACUGGCGCACGAAGAAGCAUUUGAUAACGACAGAGAUGACGACCACGAACAAAUGGAGUCGAGGCGAUUGCCCGACAGUGUAGCAAGAUUCACGGUGAUACAGCCCGAUCCGUCCGCGCGAAAUGGCAACGCUCAGCCACUGAAAGAGGCUAUCAUCGUUACCUUCGACGAUAAAUACCUAAAGACAUGUGGCGGCGUACUGAGAGUUAUUCAUGUGCUGUGCGCCGUCGUGUCGUUGCUGUGUCUCGUCACGUCGGGAACGAAGCAGCAGCACUUCAUGGAGCUGCCGAUGCACAGCGAGCUUCGCAUCUUCAUCUUCAUCGCCAUACUCGGCUUCCUGUCGUCGCUGCUCGUCCUCAUCAUCAACGUGACCGGCCUCUACAAAGCGUUUCCGCUCGACAGGAGACUGAUGGACAUGAUAGUGUACUUCAUCAACUCGAUUCUAUUCAUCCUGGGUCCGUCUCUCGUUGCCCAAGACAUCAUCCGCUAUCACAGAUAUUAUCCAAACAUAACCCACUGGACAUACCAGCAGCUCAUAGCCAGUGUGUUGCUCGGCUAUACAUGCAUGCUCAUUGCGGUGUCCAUCACGAUCAUCGCAUUCCGCAAAUACAAGGGCUACACGUUGUUCAACCGGCGUCGACUCCAGGGAGCAUCAAGCUUAGAAUGAAAGCUGAACCGUCUGUGUGACAAGUAUCGUCAACUGCGCUGGGCGGAUGUGGUGUCACUGGAUCAGUCACAGUGUGUCACAGUCUUCGGUGGAUUUGUGUGAUGUUGUUUCAGUGGUGGCGUCAUCGCAGUGUCACACUUUUUAGUUGUACCUCCUGUAUUGUCACGAAGUCACUGGUGGGAGCAGCGGUGAUGCAUAUCCCUGUAAUGCUACAAUUGUCACAAUUGCCCCUCAAUUUGGCGCACCUAUCACGACUGAAAAACAGUGAAAUACAUCAUAUAUGUGUUUCUGUGAUAGCGCAAUAACACUUGUGAGAAUUAAUUAAUUCCCCCCUUUUAUUCGUGGCGCAAUGUUACCUCUUAGGAUGCAUCCUGUGUUUCCAUGUCAUAUAUGUUACCAAUCGUGAGGAUGCGUUGUAUGUCUCUACUUGUAAUAGUGUGUCAUCUUUGUCACAAUAUCACGUCUAAGUUGUAUAUGGUAUACGCUGCAUAUUUCGCAGUAGUUUUUAAAAUUUUCCGUCCCCGAAAAUAACAACACGCGAAUAAUUCAUACCAAAUAAUUCAUAAUUCACUGACCGCGAAAUUAACCAAGUCGUGAAACUGUCCGUCAAGUCUGAUUUCGCGAAAAUAUCUGUAAGCGAAAAAUAUGCAUGGCGUAUACAUGCAGUAGUUCCGUUCCUGCCACUGUUACUAUAUCACUCGUGUGAUAUAAACUCUGCAACUAUGUAAUUAAACUAUCAAUAGCUGAUAAUACCUAUAUUAUAGCUAAAUAUGUAUUAUUUGCUAAUAUUACACGUAUUGUUAGCUCUUGAUACUAUAGUAUUGUCACCUUUUUACCCGUGAGAUGUUUGUACAACCUUCACGUACUGAUUUGAAUGUCACGCUUGCCAUCCACAGAGUGCUCAGACAAGUCAUUUUGUUCAUGUUACCCGUGAGACACGUAUACAUUCCCACGUACUGUUUACCAAGUUGCCUGUGCCACGUAUGUAUACUAUCAGGAGUGAAUAAUAAUAGAGUGAUUAAUGGGAUAUAAUCACGAGUGAAUCAUAAUUAUUUCUAUUAUUAUUCACUGCUGAUACUAUGUCCUUUUUUCACACAAUGUUACAACUUCACCUGCGAAAUGUAUCCAAUAGCUAUACUCGUAGGUAACAUUAUUUCCCUGAAACGGGGGAGAGGGGUUACAUUUCAGUUGCCUAUAGACAUAGGAAAGAACCAACCCCCAAUCAUAGACAAGGUUUCACUGAUAUGAAGCCUAUUCUCAUAUAUUCUCAAUAUUUUAAUAAUGACAAGCUUGUCUGGAAAACGACCUGUGUCAUAUCCUACCAUAGCACAUUAUUAAAUUUUUUUUAUGAAGAUGACAAAUAAUGAGACAUUUUUCAUGAAAAACAAAUAGAAUAAUAAUAUUAAUUAUUAUCAUCAUUACUAUUAUGGACCCAUUUUAGUAGCACUGUUCUGUAGGUAACCCCCUCUUUCUCUGCACAGGCAAUCACGCACACACGUGCACGCACACACACAUAUAUAGAGUAUAGUAACGUACAGUGUACAGUUAUUGUGAUAACGAUUGCGCAAGCACUCAACGUUUGUAAAUUAGUGGUUUAGUUUGGAACGCGGAAGUUAUAGAAAAGCCUUCCAUUUUCAAAAAAUGCAUUUACGUUCGAUAUUGGUCUAAGAUUCGUGCAGUCCCUCGACAAGAUUAUGUUCACAAUGCUAUUACUAUGUGGUGGCAAUUUGUUUACAAUGUUAUUACCAUGUGGUUGCAAGAAUUAUUUGUCGUAAGAUUGGCAGCAUAUUCAAUAUAUAAGAUGCAUCGUGGACAGUAGUUAGUUUCAAUAAUCAUGUGAUGUGGAAAAUUGGUGGCGAGCAGUUUGAUGUAAAAAAUGAAUAUUGAUGUAAAAAAUGGAUAUCCCUCUAUUUUUUUCAUAUGCUUGUACAUGAAUGUUGGUAUGUUAGUCCGCAUACUAUUCCAUAUCCGCAGUGCGACUUUGGUUUGAAGGCCUGCAGCUGUCAGUAAUUGAAAAAAAAGCUUGCUAGACUAGAAUGAUCUGACACAAUGCUUGGUCACUUUAUAGUUUUCUUUAUAUUAAAAAUUCAGUAGCACUAUUUUAAAUGUCAUAUUUGCGUCUAUGUUUUUUUCCCAUUGGCAGCUUCGUAUUAGUCCGAUGUUGCAAUUGUAUCAGUUUUAAUUUGCUUGCAUAUAAAAUGUGUGCGUCUACCAGAAACUAAAUUUAUGUUAUGCAGUUAUAGAAUGCUCAUAACAUUCAACACUAUAAGACUGCCAUCAUGAAUUUCUUCUAUCAUGUCCUAUAUUCUACUCCUGCAUUUGUAGCGUGGUGACCUGCCAAUUUGUGCAAAUAUAUAAAGUCGUAUUUAAUGUUCGUGAGAUUAUUGUGUAUAUUUAGCAAGUUCAGCGUCGGCAGUGGUUUGUUUAGGGAUGUUUUCAUCAGAUGUUCAGUUGGUCGUAGAAAAACACAAUGAUUCGAAAGAAAUUGUCAAAUGAAACGCGAGAAAGAUGUGCUUCGCUUCAGCUGAACAAGCUUGUGUAUGAAUGGUAAUAUAAUCUCAAAUCAACAUCAAAAUUGAUAUAUAUAUUUUCAAAAAAUCUCAACUAUGCUUAUUUGUAAAGCUGACUGUUGAAAUACGUUCUUGUAGCUAUUAGCUCUUGUCGCUUUCCUGGUCGUUAUUGUUUUAUUUAAGCAGGAGUAAAAUAAUCUCAAUGAAGUCAUCAUUGAGAUGAUUUACUAAAAUUGAAUCUCUGAAAUUACUGAAUCAAUUUUUUGAAAUCAUCUCUGAGAUCAUUUUCACUUGAUAUCAGUAAUGCGACGACAUAAUUAUGACGACUGCUUUAAUUAGUUAGUAUAGGGCAAUCAGUGCAACCAUGAACGACUAGUGUCAAUUUAAUCUGAUCUUCUGCUUCAUAAUCAUCCUGUUGUAAAGCAGGAUUUCAGACGAAGCAGGAGCUUCUGCUCAUUGUCAAGUCUGUAGCUCACAUGGUGUACAUAGAGAAAAUGUUUUUACUCGAAAGAGCUUUGCAGUGCGUUCGACUGAACAGUUUUUACGAUAUUUUUAGUAUCAGGUGCGUAAAUUUAUGGACCAUUUGUAGUUACCUACGUGAGUGUGUUGUGAUCUUGAAUAAAUUCAGAUAACGAGCUAUGUCA